AUGGCUAUAACACGCAACCCAUUGUCCCCCGGCGAGGACGUGGACCAUGGGCAGCCGAGUCAACCGCUUCAUCAUCCGCAGCCCACGCAUCCACCUCAGCCCCUCCAUCAGCACACCGUCUCCAAUGCCUCGACCGCGACCGUCGACAUCGAGGCCUGGACCGUUGCGGCGCUGGAAUCGCUGAGCAUUGCACCAAUUGCUCGGGGCACGGGCAAUACCCUGUCCAUCCCGCUCGACGGCAGCCACCGCAACCAAGGCAAGCCGGCCGAGAACGAUGACCAUGCUGGCGACGACGUGACCUCCCGGAUGAGGCUGCGUGGGGUCGCUUUUGGCGAGACGACUGACGGCGACGACGCCGGGUACGGCGCGGGCAUCACGCCGCCGCGCCGGCUGCCUUCUCGCCGCGACAGCAUGCGCAGGCGUGAGGCGCUGCUAAAGGGCAAGGAGGGUAGCCGGCAGCGGAGGCGAUGGGAGAACGACCGCCUGCUGCACGUCCCCAACGUGCAACCGCCUCUCCCGUCAGACUGGCAGGUCCACCCCACCUACCCGGUGCACGGGACCAUCCCGUACCAGUUGGCGCAGUACUGGGACAAGGGGCUGCGGGAGCGCGCCGAGGAGCGCAAGGCCAAGGCCGCCAUUGCUGCGACCGCCCGACGCCGCGGUUACCCGGCGGCGGCAGCAGAGUCAGCAGAGGGCGCUCUGCCGGGGCCGGAGGUGGAGGCGGUGGCGGGCCACGUUCCGCGGGACCUGCGCGCCACAGCCAAGCGCACCCCUGCCGUCAAGUCGUGGUUGCGGGUACUUGAGGAGCCCGUGAGGCAGUUUGUGCUUGAGCAGCGGCGUGUAGCUGCAGCUGUUGUGGGUGACGCGGUGAGGGAGGUUGAGGAUGGGGACCGGAGUGACGAGACGGAUCCUGAUGACGAGGAGAUUGUCUUUGUAGGGCGCAACGGGCUGCGCACAAGGGACGGUAAGCCGGUGUCGUCCUCCUCGUCGUCCUCCGUAGCGGGGAAGAGACCCCUUGCCGCUGUGCGGAGGAUGGAGGAGGAGGAGAAGAAGAAGACCAAUUUGAAGGGCUUGGUCCAGGAGGAGGAAAAGGGUCUGAUUUUGGAUACACUUGGGGAUGAUGCCGGUGGAGCGUUCAAGCGCUGGCUUACCCACUCCAUCUCGGACUACUACGGCCUCGACUCCAAGUCGGUUACGGUUGGCAACCCGGCGCGGCGGGUCGUCUAUGUGCGGGUCAAGCAAGCGCAGAUGCAGAAGUCGAAGCAGAAGCAGAAGCAGAUGGAGCAAAACCUGCCAAGUCGGCUUGUCCUGCCGCCCCCGUUAUGGGAGAUGUUCUGA